AUGAUAAACUCUGCGAAUGCUGCUGCUUCUGCUGCGCCGGCUCCUACGACGACGACGACGACGACAACAACGAUUGCAAUGCCAAAAGUACUCUCAGCCAACAUUGACUUAAACAGCAACCUGACCAAGCCGACAAAUGGCGAAAAUAUUGGAGAAAACAACAAUGCCAAGCAGAAAAAGCAAAAGAAAGUCAACCUUGAUGGGCUCAAAUCAGAGCUGGCCAUUGACGAGCACCGAAUCACGCUGACGGAGCUUUGUGAACGAUUUUCCACUAACAUUGAUACGGGCCUGAGUCCAGUGGCCGCUAAAGAACGGUUGCACCGAGACGGCCCCAACCGAAUAACGCCUCCAAAGGCGACGCCCGAAUGGCUCCGCCUCUUGCAGAACCUUUUCAGCUGGUUCAAUUUGCUGCUGUGGGUGGGGGCGCUGCUCUGCCUGGCUGCCUACACCCUUGAAGUGCACACGCAAGAGUUUCCCAGUCAGGACAAUUUGUACCUCGGCGCCGCCCUGGCCAUUGUGGUCACCAUCAGCGGCCUUUUCAGCCACUACCAACAGUCAAAAAGCGAAAAUAUCAUGGCCAGCUUUGCCGGCCUCAUUCCGAAGACCUGUACGGUGGUGAGGGCGGGCCACCAGACGAAGGUGCCCGUGGAGACGUUGGUCCUCGGUGACCUGGUGGAGCUGGUCGCCGGGGACCAGGUGCCCGCCGAUGUGCGCAUUAUCACCGCCAGUGGCCUCAAGGUGGACAACAGCUCGUUGACGGGCGAGAGUGAGCCACAGGCAAGGGGCCCGGUUUGCAGCCAUCCGCAGCAGCCGCUGGAAACGCGGAAUCUUGCCUUUUUCAGCACCAACGUCGUUGAGGGGGCGGGAAAGGGCGUGGUGAUACGGGUGGGUGAUGGAACCAGUAUGGGGCGGAUUGCGGUGCUGGCGAGCAGUUUGGAAGCAAGGCCUACUCCACUUUCAACUGACAUUCAGCACUUUAUCACCAUGAUCACCUACGUGGCGGUCUUUUUUGGGCUGCUCUUUGCUUUUUCUUACUUCAUCGUUGGUUUUAGCCUCCUCAACGCCUCCAUUCUAGUCAUCAGCCUGAUCGUUGCUCAGGUGCCCGAGGGCCUUCUACCAACGUUGACCGUAGUACUAACGCUUACGGCAAAACGACUGGCCAGCAAGAACUGCCUGGUAAAAAAUUUGGAAGCGGUAGAAACGCUGGGCGCCACUUCUACUAUCUGCACCGACAAAACGGGCACGUUGACGCAGAACCGCAUGACAGUUUCCCACAUUUGGAUCAGCGGAAGUGGAGGUGGUGGAGGUAUCUUCGAUGCCGACAAUCUAAUCGCCCAGGGCAGCGGCACUAAAGUGGACACCGAGGGGGCGGUUUGGCGGUCACUCACUCGGGUGGCUUGUCUCUGCAGCAAAGCCGCCUUUGGGGAGGGGCAGGCGGGCGUGCCCGUACUGAAACGGGAAGCCUUUGGUGACGCCUCCGAGGUAGCCAUCCUCAAGUACUUUGAGAUGAUCACCGGCUCAGUGGCCGCCUACCGCACCCGCCACCCAAAGGUCUUUGAGGUGCCCUUCAACUCGGUGAACAAGUACAGCCUAACGAUCAAUGCGACACCGGCAAAAGGAGGAGAUACUUCCGGUGGUGGCGGCGCCAUUGGCGGUUACUGGCUAUCGAUGAAGGGCGCCCCGGAGCGAAUUCUCGAACGGUGCACCACCAUCCUCGUUGACGGCCCUAGUGGAGGCCGUCGAGAAGUGGCCCUCGACGAGAAGGCCCGGGCCAGUUUUGCCGCCGCUUACGAGGCGUUGGGCGGGGCAGGAGAACGGGUCAUUGGCCUUGCUGAACGGCACCUGCCCAAAGAAAGCUUCCCGCCGGGGUAUCCCUUCAGCGAGGGCACUGACUCGGAUGCCGCCGGCAAGGAGAAUUACCCCAUCACGGGACUGUGCUUUUUGGGCGCCAUUAGCAUGAUCGACCCGCCGAGGCCUAAUGUUCCUGAUGCCGUAGCCAAGUGCCGGUCGGCCGGCAUCAAGGUCAUCAUGGUCACCGGUGAUCAUCCGAUCACCGCCGCUGCCAUUGCUCGUUCU